AAUAAAAUCAAGCAAAAAAAUUUAUUUUUGUUUUGUUGUAAGUAUGUAAAACAUCUCAACGUUAACACCAGGUAGCGCAUGAGUUUUAUACAAAUAUAAUAAAAAGUUACCUGCUGUAUUUCGUACCUGUAUAUCUGUAAAACAAAACCGCAAUAACGACCUCUGGUUACUCUGACCAUACUAAAAUUGAACAUCAUGAAAAUAUUAUUCCAUUCGUGUGUCAGACCUGUUUGUGGCCUUAAUAUAAUGUCAGUGUUCUGAGAGUUGAUGUUGUUGUUAUUACCUUUCACAACAUACGAAAUAUUGUGCGGAUACAUUGAAUGUUUGCUGCUCUUCCAUUUACUGUGUCAUUUCAUGGAAAACUACAGCAUAAAUUACUUAAACAAUUCAUUCGGUCAUGAGUUCAAUGAAAAUUUCGUCGAAAAUUUCAAUGACCAUGAACAUCAGUCGUCGAAAACCCAGUACGAAAUCCCAUUGCAAGGAACAAUGUUUGAAUACGACGAACUCGGAAUGUCUGCUAAUGUUGUUCAGCAUAAUAACGCGUGGAAUCAUCAUCAUCAUCAAGACAAUCAGUCUAGCUAUUUGGCCUUCCCAAACUAUUACGAAAAUCAAACUUCGACUUCCAUUCCGGAUAACAUGACUACAAAUGCAUCAAGUGUUAUUCAACAGUACGCACUUCCGAUCGACACAUUGCAAUUUGCAUCCAAUAGACCAGCAGCUGACCUUGCACCAUUGUAUCCAUUGAUCGACAACAGUUACACAAGUGAGACGCCUCUUAUGAAUGAAAAGUCUUCAGUCCAGUUUUCUUGCGAGAGUGUCGGUUGCAACAAGACCUACGCUAGUCUAUCCGGCCUGAACAAUCACAUUAAAAAGAAACACUCUGUGGCAGCUCUCCUCCAUUGUGAUGAAUGUACUGCCACAUUUAUGACCACGCAACAACGAACCGUCCACAAAAUUAAAGAGCACAAUGGACGAAAGUAUCAACCAUCGGUGCGGCAAAAAAACUGCAUCAAAGACAUCGAAAAAAAUGGGAAAUCCAUCGAGCUAAAUCAUCAACAAAACAAAUGCGAAUCGUGUGACGAUAAGUUCAAUCAAAAAGCCGACCUAGUGAGACACAUGCGAAAUCGACAUACCGGAAAUGGUGAAUAUCCUUGCAGCAAAUGUUCGAAGGUGUUUUUCACCUACGACAUGUACAACGAACAUCUCUCGCUGCACGACGAAAGCAUACCGAAGCAUACCUGCGACGACUGUGGCAAAGAAUUCAUUUCGCAACGCAAAUUGAAAGAACAUUCCAUCAUUCACCAGGAGCGCAUCAUGUUCAAGUGCGAAAUGUGUUCGAAGAUUUUCGUUCGCAGCCAGACGUUGCAAUAUCAUCGAAUCACAUGCAAGGCGGCCUAUCAAUGCAGUAAAUGUGUGGAUAGUUUCAUGACUGCAGAAGCAUUGGAGAAGCAUAAAUCGUUCCACGAAGCGGAUACGCAUACUUGUGUGAAGUGCAAUAAAGUGUUUCCAACGAUGCACGACCUGCAAAAUCACGAGAAACGGCACUCGCUACGGAUGAACUAUACGUGCCAGAUAUGCAAGGCGAGUAUUUCCACGAGAGCUAAAUUUCAGAAGCACAUCAAAGACCAUUUGGAAAACAAUUUGAAGUGCUCGGUGUGCAAUGAGGAAUUUCAAAGCUUAGUAAAAUAUGGCUACCACAAAGCUGAAAUGCAUGGUCUAAUGAGACCGUACGAUUGUCUUCUUUGCAGCGAUCAAUUCUGUACGAGACAUGAAUUGUUCAUGCAUCUGCAUAACCACAUCGACGUAACCGGAACUUAUACGUGUGACUUGUGUGGCAUUAAAUUUUCCAUAAAGUCCACCUUCGAGCAACACAAAAAAUCUCAUGCAAAAGAAUCCGAACAAACGACCGUACCCAGUGAACUUACGGAUGCCAAUACAUCCACACAACUAGAAAGUAAAAUAGCCGACGAUUCUUCCACAACGACCGUCGUAGCGAUAUCGUCGAAAAGAUCAUCAAACGACCAAAACAUUCUGUGCAAAGCAGACGAUUGUGACGAAACGUUCGCCACCCACAAACAGUUAAAGAAGCACAUGAUCAUUCACAAGCUAGCCGCAUACAAUUGUCCGAAAUGUAAGAAAAAGUACCAUUCCAAACCCGUUUACGAGACGCACGUUCGCCUAUGCAUGCCUCAAUGCGAAGACGUUGUACUGAUUGCUGAUGAAGACAUUGACUCUGGCCCGAUGGAGUGCAGUACGUGUUCGCAACUAUUUGAAAAUAAGAAAAUUCUGAAGUUUCACCAGAAAAUUUGCAAUGAUGAUGGCAAUGAUGACGAACAUACGGUUGGUGGUGGUAGUAGUAUGUCAAAUCGAGAAAUUGAGGAAAUUUACUUGAAAACAGAAGUUGAGGAUGAGUUGGAAAAUUUGGUGCCUGAAUUUUACCGAAUUCGAGUACAAAUUCCGCAAGAAAUGGCGAAAAUGUGUGUCAGUAAAUCAGUAAAUUUUGCCGAUGAGGAAACAAAUAACAACGAUAGCAAUCCGUUGAGGCAUGGGUGUGCGGACCUGUGGAGUUGGAGCAAACGACAUCGAUCUCCGGAAGUUGUGUUGGGUGGACCUGGGAACAGAAGUGUAUUUUUUCAUCCCAAUUGGAGUAAAGGAACAGCCGGCGUUCGUGGAAACAAAAUUUUAAACAAUGGACGAUAUUAUUGGGAGAUACAGUUGUCCCAGCGUGUGUUCGGAACUAGCAUGAUGUUUGGAAUCGGUACGAAGGACGCACGGCUCCACGCUAAUGUCUUCAUAAAUCUACUGGGCGAAGAUAAGAAUGGCUGGGGAUUAUCACACAAAGGUCUUCUGUGGCACGAUGCCGUUGGAGUUCGGUACACAAAACGUUUCAAAGAAAAUAAGGAGACGAAAAUUGGACUGUUAUUUGAUGGUAUCAAUGGCACGUUAACUUACUACAAGGAUAAUCGAUGUUUGGGAGUUGCAUUUCGGGGUCUAAAUGAAAUUCGUGAACCUCUGUUCCCCAUUGUUUGCUCAACGGCUGCGAAAACUGAUAUGGCUUUGGUUGAUAUGCGACGUGAUUUUGUGAAUCUGCAGGAUCGAUGUCGGGCCGAAAUUAGUAAGAAAAUAACAAAUCUGGACGAUUUAGCUAGCUUACAUCUUCCGGUCAUCAUAACAAAUUAUUUAGCUGAAGCCAUGUAUGAGACGGCAGUUCUAUCAGCCGAAAAUAAUCCGAAAAUACUGCAACCGGAUUCACCUUCAUCCUCGUCAUCAUCGGAAGCAUUACCCGAUGAACAAACCGAAAUCGGUCGAAUGAAAUUCGUUGCUUGGGUUUGAAUUGUUCAUGGAAAAACCUGAACUACUUACUGACAGACUAAAUAUAGAUCUACCAAUGAUGCCGUUUUUAUGAAACUUUUUUUUUUGAAAUAUACAACAAAGGCACCGUUUCAAAUCUGCAGGUAUUUUGCUUUUAGUUUUACUUUUAAACCGAACAAAUUUUUUGUGAUUUCUUUUUUAUACAUUGAACGAAUUAUAUUUCCAUUAAAAUUUAAUUAUUUCUAACGGUAAUAUUUAGCCAACGUACAUUUAAAUUGAUCUCUACACUUAAAACGAGAAUGUAUAAUAUAACAAUGAGGAAGGAAAAAAUACUUUUUAAAAGAUAAUUACAAAAACAAGAAAAUUAUUUAGCUUAGAAUUAAGAGGAAACGUAGUGGAAACUUGUACAUUAACGAGGAAAUAAAGCGAGUGAAUUCUAGUCAACUCACUAAAUUGUAAGUUUAAGACAUUAAUCGUAGUGAAAAUCUGUUUCUUACGAGUACAUUCAAGUACUUUGGUCAUAAAAGCAUCAAGAAUUACAACAAAUUAAUUUUUUAAAUUGUAAUUUAUGCAAAGCGAACCAGAUGGCAGACUCUUUUUAAAUGAAAAUUCCUGUACUGGCGUCCAUUUUGGAUUAAAACUUGUGCCCUUAACUUAAGUAUAGUCGUCUCUUAGAUACAACACCCGAUGCGCCUCUUCCACGCCAGUCUGCUAGCUUUCAUAUUGAUUCUUUAUAUUUGUGAUUUUAA